UCAUCUGUAUUUUAUCUUUCCUUCAGUUAGAUUGAUGUUAAAAAAUGUCGCAUUUCAGAAAUAUUAAGACAAACUGGUGCUUCAGUGAGAUAAUUAUACAGCAGAGGCAGAACCUAAGAUUUCUAAAAAGAAAACCUGUGCUUUUUCAUAGUGAAAGAGGAAGUGAGGAAAAUAGUAGUUCACACAGAGUCUGAACAAGUGCAGUGUGAGAUUAAAUGCAAAUAAAAAUGUUCUGCAGAGUGAAGGCAGAGGAGUAGAUUCGUCUAGAGUACGUCCACAAUGGGUGUGCAUGACUCCAAUUCCUUGUGCUUCUGGUGGAGAUUUAUACUGGUUUUAAGUAUCUGCAAUAUCGUUUUUACUAUUAUACAUAAACGCUGCUUAACCAUCGAGGAACAUCUCCUCAGAGAAAUGCCCAAGACUCCAAACUGCUACCAUUAUCCAGGAAGGGGUCUAUAUGCAGACUGCAAUAUUAUAGACCUGCGCACUGAUCUGUCAGAGGUAGGCCUUGACGUUAGAUCCCUUUGUAUUGUCGGUGAUAUUUCAAGCAUUCCUGCUGAUGCCUUUUCACACUUACCUUCUUUGGAGGUCCUUCAAAUAGAUGGGACAAGACUGGAGAGGGUUCAAUCUGGUGCCUUUUCAGGACUCCCCAAUCUGAAGCAUUUGUCCUUGCUUUUCAGUGAUGCAAUUUGUAGGUCUGUCACAAUGGAACCUCUCGCAUUCGCUGGUUUGUCUAAUUUGGAGGAGUUGACACUGAGAGGUCUUAAGAUGUUCAAUGUAUCCAGCAGUAUAUUUGAUCCGUUGGUUAGCAUAACCAGACUAGAGAUUAGCAGAACUUGUGCACAGGACCUUAGUGAUAUUUUCUGUUAUCUUCCGGAUGGAAUGUCCCAUCUGAAGAACCUGAGUGUGAUAGACAGUGGGAUUUCAACAAUUGAGACCAAAGGAUGUCCAGGGGGAUCAAAGACGUGGCCUGUGAAUGUCCUCUCUGGGAUUCAAAACCUUUAUCUAAUAGGGAACAGUAUCAAAAUCAUUCAAGCUAACUCUCUAGUUGUGUUUCAGAACCUCUCCAGACUUUUUUUGGAGUUCAAAGGCAAGUCGCUGGAUAGUAUUUGGGAGUCUGGGAUUGGAAAAGUCAAUGAGUUGAGUUUGACAGGAACUGUAAUAAAAAAAUAUUCAACAAACUUCAAAGAUUUGUGUCAUCUGGUCACCAACCUUCAUCUUCAAUCCCUCAGCCUCAUUUUUACAUCAACAGACAGAUUGGCUGCAGAGGACUUAAAUGAGUGUGGGACAACUUUGACAAAGUUAUUCAUCAGCAUAUCUGAAGUAGGCCACCUGGACUUUAAUUUCUGGACAGGUAACAUUGGUUUUCAAGCACUGCAAAUGUCCUAUAUGAAGUUGACAGAUGUUCCAUUCUGUGUUGCUGUGAAUGGGACUGUCUGGUCCUUAACCUUGCUGGACCUCACCGGAAACUCAAUUUCAGAGGUUGGCAGAGACCAGUUUGCUUGUAUGCCUCUUCUCGAGCAGCUCUUUCUCAGCUAUAAUACCAUAAAAACCCUACAGCUGCAUGCAUUUCGGGGUUUGCAUCGCCUCAAAAUUCUCAAAAUUGACUCGAAUAAGAUCUCACAGCUUACUGCGAAGGAUUUCAGAUCCCUUAAGGCUUUGGAGGUCCUGCAUAUCAACAAUAACAUCAUUGAGACUAUUGAGGUCGGAACAUUUCAGGAUCAGCAGGAGCUUCGUGAGCUGACACUGGGUAGACUGGAGUAUAUUUAUGAGUUGCAUCUAAAUAGAAUUUUUUACGGAUUUCCACUGAAAAUACAGCGACUAAGUAUUGAUGCACACUAUGGAACUACUUUUUACCUGGGACGUACAUCACAGCCUGAGGGAACAUUUGUUUUGGAGCUUAAUGGAGACAGACUGGAUUUUGCGGACUGUAAUACUUCUGUUUUUAUAGCAGUUCGAGAGCUGAACGUGAUUUGCACCCAUUUCAUAUGCAAAAAUGACUUCAUGGCACCUUAUUUCCCAAACCUGGAGUCUUUUGAGAUCUCAGGGGGAGCUGAACGAGCGCCUCUCAUUAACACUAAAAUCAGUACUCUGCACCGUCUCAAGCGUCUCAAGCUCAUCAACCUGAGCUUUUCUAACAAUACAGAUGCUGGAAGCGUCUUCUGGAACCUAACAAGACUCCAGAUUCUAGUGCUGGUAAACUGCCAUCUGAGCUUCCUGACCACGAGUAUGUUUAAAGACCUGACGUCUCUGCAGCUGCUGCGUCUCUACAGCGACAGUCCUCUGGUCUUGAUUGAUGGCAUGUUCGAAGUUCUUCCAGCACUAACAGCGUUUGUUCUUGAUAAAGUGGAUUUCCAGUGCAGUUGUGAAAAUGGCUGGAUUCUGGAUUGGGCGCAGAGCACGGAAAAAGUGCAGGUGAUCUACUUGCAGAUGCAGAAGUGUAUCUGGCGCUAUCAGAAACUCAACUUCUUGGCGACCAUGGAGAAGCUGUGUCAGACUGACGCGCAGUACAUUUUCUAUGUAGCCACAGCUGGAAGUGUUUGUCUUCUGCUGUCGGCAGCCGUUGGAUAUCGCUUUGCUCGCUGGCCUUCUGUAGUCCUCUUCUUCCGCCUGAGAGGAUGGGUGGAGAGGAUGUUUGGUAGGCAGUGGCUCAGGAGGAGGAGACGAGUCGAGGGGGCUGAUGGGGAGAUAGAGGAGAUGCGGUAUGAUGCCUUUGUGUCUUUCUGUAAUCGUGAUGAGGCCUGGGUCCUGGGGGAGAUGGCUCCUCGGCUGGAGGAACAAGGGAACCCGAGAUUGAGGCUGUGUUUGCACCACAGAGACUUUGAGGUGGGUAAAGAUAUCAUGGACAACAUCACUGAGAGUAUCUACAGCAGUCAGUGCACUGUUUGUUUGAUCAGUCGGCGGUAUCUGCGCAGUAACUGGUGCAGUCUGGAGAUGCGAGUGGCCACACACCGGCAGCUGGAAGAGCAGAAACACCGUCUCAUCCUUAUCUUCCUUGAACACAUCUCUCCUUUUGAGCUCUCUGCUUUUCAUCGUUUGGCCAGACUGGUGAGAUCACGUACAUAUCUGGACUGGCCCGAGGAUGAAGGUGACAGAGUGCAUUUCUGGGAUCGUCUAAGGAGGAACGUUGCAGAGGAAGACACGGUGUCGGAAGCUUCUUGAAACUACACCUGGUGCGGUGCUUGAACACAAGGACAGCUGUCAAAGAGCAAUGAAACAAAUCUUAUUAUUAUUUAAAAAAAAUACUCGUUACACUUAGAAAUGUGAUGCUUAUCAGUGUUAAUUUGUGAGAAUGGAGUAACUAGUUGAUUCCAUAUGUUCAUGCUUUUUAAAAUUUGUCUCUGUAUGAUAUU